AUGCGCCGGCGGCGCGGCGCGCAUGGGCGGGAGGCGACGGCGGGAGCUGGCGGGCGGCGGGGCGGGCUGAGGAGAGGGGGCCGUGGGGAGGCGGCGUGAGGUGAGGGGCUCCUGCCGCCGGUCCGAGCCCAGCUCGCCCUCAGCUAGGGCUUCGCUGCGAGGCGGUAUCCCCCCAGGGGGAACGCGAAGCUUGAGGGGAAGCCGGGCGCUGCGAGCCUCCUCGCGGCUUUCUCCUUUUUUUCCGCGUUAAAGCGCCGGGAGCCGUGCCGGGCGUCGGUGGUCCAGCAUCGGGGAGCUGAGGGGCGUCCUCCCGAAGCGUCGGAUCCAGCCGAGACGCCUGGCUUGUGCCUGAGGUGUGCUGCUUGUGCCUGCCGGGGAAAUUGCUUGAUUUCUUGUCUCCACACCUCAAGAGGGACGUGCAUGUUUAGGUGGCUAACUGCAGGAGCAUCAAAAUGCCUAAUCUCGAACAUUCAGCGUAUCCAGCAGCUACACUGCUUCGCUUGGAAAGUUUGGUGCCUUGUCGAGAAUCCCAAGUGUCCAUGUUGCUGUCCAUAUUUGGAGAGCGUCAGCAGUUUAGUUUUCCAUCCAUCUUUAUCUACGGACAUACAUCCAGUGGGAAGACCUAUGUGAUGCAAACUCUUCUAAACACAUUACAGCUUCCUCAUGUGUUUGUGAACUGCGUGGAACACUUUACUUCACGGCUUCUCUUAGAAGAAAUUCUCAUCCAGUUGCAAAACCGUUCUUCUGAAACAAAACAGGCUGCUCAUGUGCCUUGUGAUACUUUCAAUGACUUCGUACGUCUGUUUAAGCAAGCCGUUGUGAGUCAAGAUCUUCAAGAUCAAACAAUAUAUGUUGUACUGGAUCGAGCAGAGCAGCUGAGGGAAAUGGAGGCAAACAUCUUGCCAGCAUUUCUUAGGCUUCAAGAAUUGACUGACAGAAAUGUGACAGUUGUCUUGCUCAGUGAAAUAGUAUGGGAACUGUUCCGUCCCAAUACUGGAUGCUUCGAGCCAUUCACCUUGUAUUUUCCUGAUUACAGCAUAGGACACCUGCAGAAGAUCUUGUGUCAGAAUCAUCCCCCAGAAUAUUCUGCGGAUUUCUAUGCUGCAUAUAUCAAUAUUUUGCUUGGUGUCUUCUACAUGGUCUGUAGGGACCUGAAAGAACUUCAGCAUCUGGCAGCACUAAAUUUUUCAAAAUACUGUGAACCAGUGGUCAGAGGAGAAGCAAACGAACGUGAUACCCGCAAACUCUGGAAAAAUAUUGAACCUCAUUUGAAGAAGGCAAUGCAGACAGUUUACCUCCGGGAAAUAUCCAGCUCACAGUGGGAACGCUUACAGCACGAUGAAGGAGAAGCCGGGCAGUUGAAAGGACUUUCUGCACAUGCCCAUGUGGAACUUCCUUAUUACUCCAAAUUUCUUCUAAUCGCUGCUUACCUUGCCUCCUACAAUCCUGUUAGGACAGAUAAGAGGUUCUUUCUUAAGCAUCAUGGGAAAAUUAAGAAGACCAACUUUAUGAAGAAACACGAAAAGACCAGCAAUCACCUCCUUGGACCAAAGCCAUUUCCUCUGGACAGAUUGUUAGCAAUAUUGUACAGUAUCGUGGACAACAGAGUUGCUCCAACCGCAAAUAUAUUUUCCCAGAUCACCUCUCUUGUGACUCUCCAGCUGCUGUCCAUGGUUGGCAAUAACGACCAGCUUGAUGGACCCCGAUACAAAUGCACUGUAUCACUGGACUUCAUCAGAGCUAUUGCCCGGACCGUGAACUUCGACAUAAUAAAGUACUUGUACGAUUUCUUGUGAAAACAAGCUUCACAGCCAUAUGGACACUGUGACAAUGACUAAGGCAAGCUGUGUUCAUCUCUCUACUUAGCUGGCCAGAAAGAAGAGUAUUUUGGCUCUUUUGGAUUUGUCCAAACAGGUGCUGGCCCAGCAUGGAAUCUGAUGAAAGUACUCUGAUUGGUCUGGGUAGAUCUGAUCAGAGGACUAUUUACCAGGGACCCUGGAGUAUUUGGAAGCAAUGUGUUAAUUAUAAACAGCAGGGUUUGAGCACAAUCUGUUCUACUCUUAAUGAUGUUAUCUUAACACUGAAAUUGCCUGAAACCCAUUUACUUAGGACUGCAUUUUGCUCUAUGAACUCUCCCCAGUGCUUUGAACAUGGCAGCAGCCCUUGUUUGUAUGCCCAGUCUUUUCACUUCCUCUCCACAGGAAUCUUUGCAAUUGCCUGCCAAAGCAGCUUUUCCUGAGGCCACCAUUUUAGGAGAGUGGAGUAGCAAAAUAUAAUAAAUAUAAGAACAUCUUUAAAAUCAAGCUGGUAUAAAUCCUUCUUUCUGUUCAGUCAUAUGUAUGCAGAUUGUUACACUGUUAUAUGGAGAUCAUGAUAGGAAACUCCUAAUUAAUCGUCAUACUGUACUUUUUUUGGAUCAUUCAUAAAUGUUAACUGUGAAUCUAUUUUUAUGACACUUUCUUUUAAAAAAAAUUCUUGAUUCCUGAAAUUCUAACUUGAUGUUGAACUUGAAAAGCUUUUUAUUUCAAUGUUUUUAUUCCUUUCAAGCUCAUCCGUUUCUGUUGAGUGCAAAUUAUAAUGCUGUUUUGAAUGAACGUGAUUUCAGAUAUGCACGGUGUGAUAUUUUUGUGACAGUAUCUGUCCUGUAGAGAAGUAUGGCACAGCUGCCUUUUCCAUCAGAAAGGGGGAGAUUCAACAGGUGACAGAGUAUUCCUGCAGCAGUUGCCCAAAUGGGGCAGAAUAGUUUUUGUAGCAUAGAGCUUUGACUUUGGAAAUGUAUAUUGGAAUGUACUGCAACUGUAUUUGUCUCCAGUUUACAACCAGAGGAGUCCCAACCGCUGCUACCUUUGCAGGGUAUUGAAAUCACCUUGUGCACUAAAGGAUUGUCUUCACAAAUUGGAAGUUUUGUCACUCUUGAAAACUCGGGGUCCCACAGCCUGUUACUCAGAUGAUUUAUUUCCGAAUGCUGCCCUUUGUUUGACAGUACAAGAAAGUGCUAUAUCAUAUGUUGACCGUUAGGGAUUUUUAAAAUGAAAAAUACACCUCUGAUACUGGAGGUGGUCAAAUACUCUGAAUAUGUGUAGCUCCUUUAUUUUCUCCAAAUUGUGUUUGUGUAUCCAGGCUUCUGCUUCUGGAUUCAGACCCAAAUGAAUAAGUUCCAGGUGAGUCUAAGUGACAAAAGCAUCUUUCUGGCCAAGCUGUCGUUUCCCUUUUCGGUAGACUCUGAAAGGGCAGAAAUGAGUCAUCUCCGUGAUCCCUUUUCCUUCUGACCGCUGUGCUACAUCAAACCAUGCACCUGUCCAUGAGGUGGCAACAUUUGUCGCGCUUGCUAAAAUACUUGGAUGCAAAUACGUGACCUGUUUCAAAAUGUUUAUUGCUUACUUUUGUUUUUUACUAAUAAAAAUGUACAGAAGG